ACGGGAGUUAACUGCAAAAUUAGACAUCCCCACGACGAGAACUUCAACUUGCAUUUCAUGGCCGACGUUCCUCAUUUAAUAAAAAAUAUAAGGACUGCGUUUUUGAAUCAUAUUAUUUCGUUACCUGACGUCACGGUUCGACGCUAUGCACUCUCAACAGCUUCAGUUGAUUCAUUCUUUGUGAAAAGGCUGGUUGAAUAUCAAGGCACAAAAGAGAUGAAGUUAGCCCCGAAGCUUACGAAAGGACAUGUGUUCCCUUCUACAUAUGAGAAAAUGCGCGUUAAUAUGGCGUGUCAGGUGAUGAGCCACACAGUCGCUACAGCACUAAGAUCACUCGUAGCGGCUGGUGUUUUUUCAAAUCAUGCGCGGACAACAGCGUUUUUCCUACAGCUUGUGAAUAACUGGUUCGACCUGAUGAAUUGUCGUCAUACAGGCACGGCACUUUAUGCAGAUUCAGAUAGCAAGUUGGAGAAAAUUAAUGAGGUGAUUUUAAAUACUUUAAUGUUUUGAAAGAACAAAAAUUCGAGCCACUCUGCGGCGAAGAG